CAGUUAAUCCAUCCCUUGCAUUCCGAAUCUCCACUGUCGCGCGAUCCCUUUAUUCGAUGGUAUCUAGAAUGUCUCGUUCUUCAUAGACCAUAGUGAUCCCAUGUCGAGUAAGAACUUAUCGAGGCCUUGCCGGCACAGUAUCAUCGACAUCAGUUUGGCGUACUCACAUUCCAUAACUUCAGGGUUUUAGAUAUGUAUUUGUCGGUCAGGUUCAUGGGAAUAGACUUUUUUUUUUUGGCGAAUCAAGUGCAGUCAAGUGAGACCUGCACAUGGCAAAUCACUGUGCCGAAGAGUCUGUUGAUACAAAUAUGUAUCUGGCGGAUCAAGAUAAUUGAGGAAGGACAUAAAGUUCGUGCUCAUUGUCUUAAGGAAGGAUUCUUAUGGUAUAAUUCAAGUACCACAUCGAAAAUACAAGAGGAACGAGGCUUGUAUAUUAGUGUCCAGUGUCCACCUAACCCAUCAGUACGAAGCAUUUUGAAAACGGUAUAAGUAGACUCGACAAGUGGUAUAAGUAGACUCGAGAUUUGAAAUUUGCGUUUUGAACGCCAGCCCAAUCUAAAUUUAAGGAAGUUGGGCCAAUAAUGCCCAAAAGGACCACAGCCCAUUGGAAAAUAGUACGAAAAAUAGUGGGAAAGCCGGAAAAGAAAAACCCGGGAAAAUGUUGCUGGGAAAGGUGGUAGCAAUGGAUAGGAUUCAUUCCCUAUUUUAGCUAUGGCGGUUUUCUCUUCUUUCCUCCCAUUCAAAACAAACAAAAGAAAAAAAUAGCCAUGUUUGAACAACGAAAAGCCUCCCUCCCUCCUUCCCCUGCCAAAGGGAAGAGAGAGGAGAAAGGAAUUCACCGAGAAUUACGCCUACUGCUUUCUGAUUUCUUGCUCUCUCCCUCUUCCCUCUCGCCGGCCGGAGCUCAUUCACGCUCAGAAAAGCUUUUUUCCCCGGCCUGGGACGGAAGGGAAAGGAGACAACCGAAACGGUCCGACGAGCUGACAAAUCUCUCAGAGAAGAGGGAAGGAAGAACGGAAAUCGCGUAUCGCCGGAGCUUGGAUAUCCUUUUCCCCCUGCUCCGACUGAUUCCUCUCUGCUCUCUCUCCCUUCCCUCUCCGACGACAGCAGCCACGGUGGAGAAGUUUCUUUGUUUCUUUGUAGGAGAAUCCUUUAGCGAUCGCGCGAUCUGAAAUCAAGAGCUGACUCUCUCUCGAAUUCGUCUUCUGGUCGUUCUUGCUCUGUUUUUCUCCUCCAAUUCGUCUCUGUUUAGACGACGAAGAAAAUGAGCGUAGUGAGCUCUACAGUCCGCGGGAGGGGCGAAAGGCGGAGCGUACUGGGGUCAUGGGUCGGGGAAGAGUCGGCGUCGAUGGCCGGCGACGUCGCCGGCGAAUCGGAGAAGAUUCACGUCGCCAUCAGGCUGAGGCCGCUAAACGACAAGGAGAAGGCGAAGAACGACGUCUCCGAUUGGGAAUGCAUCAGCUCCAACACCCUCAUCUUCAAAUCCUCCAUGCCCGAUCGCUCCAUGCUCCCUGCCGCCUUCACAUUCGAUAGAGUGUUCGGACCGGAUUCCGGCACGAAGCAGGUCUACGAGGAAGCGGCGAAGGAAGUCGCUCUCUCCGUCGUCACCGGCGUCAAUGCUAGCAUUUUCGCGUACGGCCAAACGAGCAGUGGGAAGACAUACACGAUGAGCGGAGUCACAAAGUACGCCUUGGCGGACAUUUUCGACUACAUCUACAAGAACCAAGAAAGAGAGUUUGUGUUGAAAUUCUCCGCCAUCGAGAUCUACAACGAAGCUGUUAGAGACUUGCUUAGCUCGGAUCCCAGUCCGCUCAGGCUCCUGGAUGAUCCAGAGAGAGGAACCGUGGUUGAUAAGCUGAUCGAGGAGCCGAUUGAAGACUGGAACCACCUGCAGGAACUCUUUUCCAUUUGUGAAGCUCAAAGGCACAUAGGAGAGACGGCUUUGAACGAGUUCAGCUCCAGAUCUCAUCAAAUCCUUCGGCUAACGGUGGAAAGCUGUGCUCGUGACAACUUGGGUGCAGAGAAUUUGAGCACUCUUACUGCUUCUCUGAAUUUCAUUGAUUUGGCUGGGAGUGAGCGAGCUUCUCAGACAUGGUCGACUGGUACAAGGCUGAAAGAAGGUUCGCAUAUUAACCGCAGCUUGCUCACCUUGGGAACCGUAAUCCGCAAACUAAGCAAGGGGAGAAACGGGCACAUACCCUACAGAGAAUCCAAGCUGACGAGAAUACUGCAGAAUAGCUUGGGAGGCAAUGCGAAGACCGCCAUAAUCUGCACCAUGAGCCCAGCGCGCUGCCACGCUGAGCAAUCAAGAAACACGCUCGGGUUCGCCAGCUGCGCCAAGGAAGUGUCGACUAGCGCGCAGGUCAAUGUGGUAAUGACUGACAAGGCCCUGGUGAAGCAGCUGCAGAGGGAGAUCUCCAGGUUGGAGGGCCAGCUCGAGCGCCAGGCCAAGAGCAGCUUCGGAGGAACGGUGUCCAAAGCCAACGAUACUGCUGCUUUGCUGAGGGAGAAAGACCUUUUGAUUGAGCAGAUGGAGAAAGAGAUCAAGGAGCUGACCUGGCAGCGUGAUCUCGCACAAUCCCACAUCGAUAGCUUGCUGAAAUCGGUCGGGGAAGACCGACUCUUCAGAGUGGAAGAGAAUUCAGUAUCGGAGGCUGAUGCAGGUCUAGUAAGAAGCAACACCGAAAGGGAGUACGAUCAGUUCAGCAUGCCUAGUCCUGUUCCCAAUAGGCAAUUGCUUGAGACACAAGCAAGCCUGGAAGCCUACUCUCUGCAGGAGGAGAUCCCUCAACGCAACACCAUUGAGUCAGAGAACAUAUGCAGGGAUGUCCGUUGUGCCGAAAUGGGAGAAACCCCAAUGACAAAAAUGGCUACUACUACAGAUGAAACUGCUGAGGUGGCAUUGACGACCAUUGAGGAAACCAAGGAGCUCUGUGACGUGGGUUCCUAUGACAUACACGAGAUUCUGAAGCGGAGGGUUCAGGAAUUGCAGAAGACGAUUGAGAGUUUGAACCAGUCUUCUCCUUUUAGCUCAGGGAAAGGUGUGUCAUUGACUAGAAGUAAGAGCAAGAAAGUCGUGGUGGUGACUAUUCCCUCAGCGCUUUGGUCCAAGAAAGAAGAGGACGAAGAAGACAGUGAAGAGGACGGCUGCAAUGCUAGAGACUCUAGUGCGACUGACGAGGAGAUUCCUGAGAGACGAGGAAAUUCUAAGGAGGAGGACAACAAGGGUCUCAAGAUGGAGCACGAGUCAGGAAUGAAAGACUCCGACUAUCCCGAAAGCUGUGUUGUUGGCACCAAAGAGGACGAGAUCAUUAAAGAGAUUGAUGUUCAUUUCGAUGAUACAACGAGUGUGCUGGAUUCAGUUGCAGGAUGGAAGAAGGGCAAGAAGAUGAUGAAGCACCAAAAGCAGCCAACCAGGGAACUUGGUGUCAUUUCGGUUGUGGAGCCAUCGAGAAGAAUUCCAGAAGCGAUGCCGACAACACGGGCAAGAGACCUCGUCUCAGAGACAAAUAGGAGUUCGAACCAGAGCCCUGCUAACUGGUCACAGAAGUUUGAGAGGUACCGCAGGAAGAUCAUCGAGCUUUGGGCGAAAUGCAACAUACCAUUGGUCCACAGGAGUUACUUCUUCCUGCUCUUCAAAGGAGAUCCUUCGGACAACGUUUACUUGGAAGUUGAGCUCAGGAGACUCUACUUCAUCAAGGACACAGCUGCUCGUGGAAACAAUCCGGUUGUGGAUACUCAGAUUGCCACCUACACCUCUAGUCCGAAGCUUCUCAACCGAGAGAGGAUGAUGUUGGCCAAGCAACUGCAGAAGAAGUUGAGCAGAAAGGAAAGGGAAGAGAUUUACCUGAAAUGGAACAUAGAACUCGACACGAAGCAGAGAGCAUUGCAGCUGGCCGGAAAGUUGUGGACAGACUUGAGAAACAUGAGACACGUUAGGGAAAGUUCGAUCCUUGUAGUGAAGCUGAUCGGGUUCGUGGAGCCACAAUAUGCGCCCAAGGAGCUAUUCGGGCUCAACUUCUUAAACCCGUCAGCUAACCAGAAGGGCAGCUGGAGAGACAACAUGUCUGCCCUUCUAUGAGAGGCUCAUACCAUCUCUAUGCAAUUUGCUAAAAAAGAUUAGAUGCCUUUUGUAUACACAGUUACACAACUAAAAUUUUUUGGGACAGUUUGGGGAAGUACCAGUCUUUCCUUGUAAAUGAAAGAGAAAAGACGUCUAAGCCGAGAGUGUAGUAAAAAAAGGUAAAUUUU